GGUUGCAUCAGCUUGUCAGGCAGAGCAUCGUCUGACAAGAGGCGAAGGAGGAAGAAUGGCAGCAGCCGCUUCUGACUACACUGAUAUUCUGAGCAUUAGUGAAGAGGAACACAGGCUGAAGGCUCUGAAUGAGUAUCUCAGCACCCGUAGUUAUAUCCAGGGCUUCACAUUUUCACAUGCAGAUGUGGAAGUGUUCAGGCAGUUUUCGGGCCCACCUGUGGAUCAGCAUUUCCAUGUUGUUCGUUGGUUCAGGCACAUAGAAGCAAUCUAUGAUGGCAGCUUUGAAAAACAUAUCUCCUGUAAACUCCAGACAAGUAAAAACAAACGUACUCAGCCUCACUGGGCGCCACCCCAAGGGACAGCUCAACCCAAACUCUGCCUUUACAACAGUCUUACUCGUAAUAAGGACGUGUUUCAACCCCAAAAUGGCAACCAAGUCAAAUGGUAUUGCUGCGGCCCAACAGUGUAUGAUGCUUCCCAUAUGGGGCACGCAAGAUCAUAUAUUUCAUUUGAUAUCCUGAGAAGAGUUUUAAAAGAUUACUUCAAAUACGAUGUCUUCUAUUGUAUGAAUAUUACAGACAUAGAUGAUAAGAUCAUAAAAAGAGCAAGGCAAAACUACCUCUUUGAGCAAUACUUGGAGCAGAGGCCAUCAGCAACGCAGCUGCUUGAAAAUGUUAAACUAGCUUCUAUGCAUUUUUCGGCAAAGCUGGAAGAAACUUCUGAUCCUGAUAAGAAACAGAUGCUGGAAAGGAUGCAAAAGUCAGUGAGAGCUGCUCUGGAACCACUAGAGAACGGCCUUCAAAAGAAGCUCUCUGAGGGAGAAGUCAAUAAAUAUGCUGAGACUUUGUUGCAAGAAGCAAAAGAUACACUCUCUGAGUGGCUGGACACUAAGUUGGGUAGCCAAGUGACUGACAACUCUAUAUUUUCCAAACUUCCCAAAUUUUGGGAAGAAGAAUAUCAUAAAGAUAUGGCAGCGCUCAAUGUAUUAUCUCCAGAUGUUUUAACUCGUGUAAGUGAAUAUGUACCAGAAAUUGUGGACUUUGUUCAGAAGAUUGUAGAUAAUGGAUAUGGUUAUGUAUCCAAUGGAUCUGUUUAUUUUGAUACACUAAAAUUCGAUGCAUCUGAGAAACACACCUAUGCAAAAUUGGUCCCUGAAGCUGUCGGAGAUCAAAAAGCAUUACAGGAGGGCGAAGGCGACCUGAGUAUCUCAGUGGACCGUUUAAAUGAAAAGCGAUCGCCAAAUGAUUUUGCUUUGUGGAAAUCCUCCAAGCCAGGAGAGCCUUCAUGGGAUUCUCCCUGGGGCAAGGGACGUCCAGGAUGGCAUAUUGAAUGUUCUGCAAUGGCUGGAUCCAUUCUAGGAGACUCUAUGGACAUCCACGGAGGAGGUUUUGAUCUUCGUUUCCCCCACCACGACAAUGAGUUAGCACAAUCUGAGGCAUACUUUGACAAUGAUCACUGGGUGCGCUAUUUUCUACACACUGGGCAUUUGACAAUUGCUGGCUGUAAAAUGUCCAAAUCUUUGAAAAACUUUAUUACAAUAAAAGAUGCAUUAAAACAGCAUACAGCACGGCAAUUAAGGCUGGCUUUUCUUAUGCAUUCUUGGAAGGAUACUCUAGACUAUUCAAAGAACACCAUGGAGUCUGCUAUCCAGUAUGAGAAAUUCAUAAGCGAGUUCUUUUUAAAUGUAAAGGAUAUCCUUCGGGGUCCUGCUGGUGUGACAAGCCAGUAUGAAAAAUGGGAAAAGGAGGAAAUCGAAUUGAAUAAAAGUUUUUAUGAUAAGAAAAAAGCUGUCCAUGAAGCAUUGUGUGAUAAUAUUGAUACACGUACAGUCUUGGAAGAGCUGCGAUCAUUGGUCAGUCAAUGUAAUUCCUACAUUGCUGCAAAGAAAACUUCCCGACAGAUGCCAAAUAGAAUGUUGCUAGAAAAUAUAAGCAUUUAUCUUACCCACAUAUUUAAGGUCUUCGGCGCAAUAGAAAGUGAGGAAGGAAUUGGUUUCCCAGUUGGAAGAAAUGCUCAUGCGUUAAAUCUUGAAUCUACAGUAAUGCCGUAUCUUCAUGUUUUAUCUGAGUUCAGAGAAGGGGUAAGGCAAAUUGCCAAGGGAAAAAAAGUGUUAGAAGUUCUGCAGCUUUGCGAUUCACUUCGAGAUGAUAUCCUUCCAGAGCAUGGAGUUCGGUUUGAAGACCAUGAAGGACUUCCAACUGUGGUCAAGCUGGUAGACAGAGACACCUUGCUAAAAGAAAGAGAAGAAAAGGAAAAGAUUGAAGAAGAAAAGAAGAAGAAAAAACAAGAAGCAGCUAAGAAGAAACAAGAACAAGAGGCAGUAAAACUUGCAAAAAUGAAAGUUUCACCUGGAGAGAUGUUUAAAUCUGAGCACGACAAGUAUUCCAAAUUUGAUGAAAAUGGGCUUCCAACCCAUGAUGUAGAAGGCAAAGAACUCAGCAAAGGACAGAUGAAGAAAUUAAAGAAAAUGUAUGAAGCACAAGAAAAACUGUACAAGGAAUUUCUUCAAAUGAAUCAAAAUGGAGUUGCAAACUGAAAAUAAAAUUUGGACAGUAUUUUUCCCAAAGAAAUUCAAAAGUUGGGUAACAUCAGUGGAAGUAACAAGUUGUUUCUGCACGAGUCAUACUGUGCUCAGAUAUAUAAUGUAGUUGCAGGUAUCAAUAAAACUUUUGUUACAGUAAUAACAUCCAUGUAACGUUUAUGCAACAGAAUCAACAAAAACCUAAUUUCAUUUUAAUCUGAAAUUUCACUUAUUUCUAAACACACUCAGAGAAAAAGGCUACAAAAAGAUUUGUCUUUAGGAAAACAUGCACAAAGUAUGUGCUAGAAAAAGAUAAAUGUAUUACAUUAGGAAACAUACUAAAAAUUACGUUUUUAAAAGUACUUUAAAAAAUGUGCAGGACUUUUCAGGUAGGUUUGUUUUGUAAAGGAAAACUGAUAAAUGUCUGGUAUUUAAAUCAAAAUGAGAAAAAUGAGAAACUGAGCUAAUGUAUAAAACAAAUUCAACAUUCCCUAGAAUUAAUUAAUUAUUUCUCUAAUGAAUGACAUGAUGAGUUGAACAAUAUUUUUUAGUGCAAAAUCUAAUUUCACGUAUAUUUUUUCAGGAAUGGGUACCAAUUUAUUCUCUGUAACUCACUCCAAAACUGUAACUCUUUGCAUGUCUUUUUGCAGAUUAAUAGAUUAAUAAAAUAGGAUAUUAAGUAGAAUCCAAGAGUGCUAAAGAGCAAGUUGCAAGGAAUUGAAA